AUGAUAAUUGAUUCAAACAGUAAACUUGAAGAGACUCAAUUCAUAUCUAUUAUGGAAAUGAUCGGGUCUCUUUUUGAGGUCUUUUCUUACUUCCUCUCUUUCUCUUUUCGUCGUCUAGAGGCUUGGCUGACGAUUAAGCAGAAAAUGCGUUCCCUCUCUCUUUCGUCUUGGCAUAACAGUAUUUUCGCUCGAGAUGGUCUGUUCUUUAUUUCUUUUCCCUCUCUUGCUUUGCUUAAGGGCUUGGUGACAGUUGAAACUCCUUUCUUUUUCUUCGAUAUAGUGGCGUUCCGCAUACGUCGUCAAACGGGUCCAUCCAUUCGACUGGGAGACCAAUUCUCCUCACAAUUUCGCAAACACAUCUCUUCGGCCCAUAUGCCGAGAGAUUUGCCAGACGUCCUACCGGCCUGCAGGCCGAGGCCGAAACUAACUUUUCCGUUUUACUAUUCAUUUCCUUUUCUUCUUGUCACGUGGUCAAUUUUCAAAAAACUAACUUUUUCCGAUUAUGGGUGGAAUGGGGUCAUCGACCCUCUCUCUCAUCUUCAGGGUUAG